UCUAAAAUUAAACACAAAAAAAUUAGCAAAAUUCUUAAAAAUCAAAUAAAUUUCCUAAAAACUUUGCAAAUGUAUGGCAAUUUUAAACAAAGUUUAAGCGGACAAACUCAAAUCAAUGUAAAAUGAAAACUUUCCCUGUCAAAAGUAGUUACAGCCAAUUAAAUUUUCUUAUGGAAGUAGCAGCAGCAACAAACAGAUGUGGUGAUUUUCUUAAUCCCCCCAUAGAUAAGACACCCUGGCGUUAUAGAAAAUCCAAAAGAUUUAAACAUUUAAAAAACAAGCAAUUUAAGCUUUGCGAGCAAUUACAGCAUGAUAUGUGUGUGGCAGCCUCUAAAUCAUGUUGUUACAUUGAAGAUCAGGCAACCGACUGGUAUAAAAGGCAAAAAGAAAUGAUGAGGGGACCAAUCAAGGCUUUAUCAGAGAUUAAUUUGCAUUUAAAGCCAGCCAUUAGAGAUUUAAAGCCUAAGGAGGGGAAGGAAUUGAAUGCCUUUAUCUCUUACAUUUCCCCGGAAUUUCAGGAGUUGUUGAGGCUACAUGAUGAGCGUAUGCGUGAAAAAUGUAUUUUGAAUUAUUUACCCAGAGACUAUACCAGAAGACGUUUACGUCCAGCCAAAGAGAAUUUAGAAACUCCCGAUAUAGAGGAAAUUGUUACAGAAAAGCAAAUGCAUGUUAUAUGUAGUUGUUCUAAACUGGUUCAAGAUCAAGUUGAUGUUAAGAAAAGGGCUAAAAAAUGCAGGAGUUUAUGCGCUUGGAGUUGCUGUAGUAAACACCAAGAGUCCUUAGAAGAAUUCGAGGAAUGUAGAUGUGCAGAUGAGCGGGAAAAGAAGCCUUCUUCUUUGAAAAUACCGGCUCAAAAACCCCGCAAACCUUUUCCAGUAGAAGUUCAGAAACCUAAAAAUUUGUUUGCAAGAAAGCCAGCAGCAAAACAGGAAAAACUUCCUGCAGAAGAGCUUCUAAAACCUAAAAAACUUUUCGAACCAAAGAUUAAAGAAAAGCACCCAAAACUUUUGGCAAAAGAUGUUGAAAACCCUAAAGAAAAACCUUUAGAAUCUCCCAAAGAAAGAGCAAACGAAGCUCUAAAAAGACCAGCUGAAAAACCGCCAGAAAAAUCGUUUAAGGAAGAGCUUAAAAAACCUAAAGAACCUGCAGAAAAACCUGCUCAAAAACCUUUGAAGGAAGAGGUUAAAAGACCUCCUCCCAAAGAAGGAAACGUAUUUGAAAAUGUUUGGAAAAGAACUAAAGAAAAACAUUCUCUGGAAGCAGCUGAAAACCCCAUAAAACUUAUGAACUUAAAACCACGCUAUCGUCAACGUUAUAAGACCACAACAGAUAAAAUUAAACCCCCAAAACUUGCUAAAGAAAUAGAGCCUACAGAAGCCACCACCACCAGCCAGCAAAUGAACCAAGAAACUGAAACAAAAUCGUUAAAGCAAAACAAGUCCCGGAAUUCAGACUACACUCCCAGAGUUCGUAUCUUUAAGCCAACAACAGUGCAACAAUUUCCCUCUGCCAAGCCAAUGCACACCACCAAAAUUAAACCUUUUUUAACAACUAAACGUUCAGCAAAACGAAUUCAGGCGGGUGCCUCAGAUGCUCAACUACCGCCUAGAAUACAAGAGCUCAAUGAUUUGUCAUCCAAAAGUUCUUUGCAGGAAAUUUGGACCAAACUAAAUGCCACAGAAAUGAGAGAAUCAAAUGUAGAUAUAAAGGAUUAUAGACCGCGCAUACAUAUACCCCUAGAAGAUCCCAAUGCGGAUGCCUAUAGUUUACCAGAAGAAGCCAGACAAUCGGGUCAGCCAAAGAAAUGGUUUUCUUUUAUGAGCCCCAAAGCAGAUUAUGUAUUGGGUCAGGAAAACUCUGGAAAAAGUUCCAUUAAAACCAAAUAUAUAGAAACCAUACAGCCGCCUAAAGAGCCUAAUUCAGCCAUUAUCACCCGAAAACCUUCAAUUGAAAACAGUUUAAAGGCCCGAGAAACUAUAAGGAAAUCUUUAACUAAUGACAACAAAACGCCACUAACACAACAGUAUUCCAGGAAUCCUAAGGAAACAUGCUCUUGCCAACAGCCUGACAACCAAGCAAUACCUCCUAACAGUAAUAGCAAUUACUAUGCUCAAAAUAAAACCAGAUCCUCAAUAGACUCACGCAAUAGAAGACCGUCUUUAGAAGCUUGUGCUUUUGCAGCCUACUGCCAGGACUAUAGACCUUACCAAGGUCGAAGAUUCUCCAAAGAUUAUGGCAGGAACUCUCUAGACUUAGAUUAUGAGGGAAAUAAGCAGCAGCCAACCAAAUCCCAUGAUGAUGAGCAUCAAAGGCAAAGAAGUAAGCAACAGGACGUGCAAGGAUCUCGUUACGGCAACCGCUAUAGCAACAUGCAUUGGGAUUCUUGCCCUUGCAAAGCUACCAAAUCCUAUGAUGAUGAGAGAACAGGACAAAGUCGAUCUGACUACCACAAGGACGAUAGAAAUAUAACUCAAGAACAUUGUCCCUGCAGAGAUGCUAAAUCCUAUGAUAAUGAGAGCAGACAAGCAUAUCGUUCCGGAUACCUCAAUGACUAUAGAAAUGAUCAGCAGCAAUCUUGUCCUUGCAAAGCAACUAAAUCCUAUGAUGAUGAGAGAAAACGUCAAUCUCGCUUCAACUACUACAAGUACGAUAACAAUAUGAAGCCCAAUCCUUACGAUGAUGAUAGAAGACGAAAAGCUAAUUCUGGUCGACAAGAACCCUGUCCUUGCAAACAAUCUAAAUCCAAUGAUGAUGAGGCAAAACUGAAAUCACAUUACGGCUACAGAAAUAAGCAACAGGAUGUAGAGGAUCUUUGUCCAUGCAAAGGAUCAAAAUCCUAUGAUGAGAGAACAGCACAAUCUCGUUCAAACUCCUACAGAAAUAGGCAACAUUGCCCUUGCAAACCAUCUAAAUCCAAUGAUGAUGUUGAUGUUGAGAGAAUGCGAGAAUCAUAUGAUGAAAGAAAAAUACAGUCUAGAUGUGACUGCGGCACGGACGUUAGAAAUAAGCAACAGGAAGCUUGUCCUUGCAAAGGAUCUAAAUCCUACGAUGAUGAGAGCCAGACUGAACCUCGUUCUGGUCGUCAGAAACCUUGUCCUUGCAAAGCAUCUAAAUCCAGUGAUUAUGAGAGAUAUAAGGAAGAUUGUUCCCGCAAAAGAUCUAAGAGAUCUGAGCUGCAGAGUGAACAGGACUCUUGUUCGUGUAAACUAUCUAAAUCCUCUGAUGACAGAAAAGGAAAAUCUAGAAGAUUUUCCAAAGAAGAUAUAAAUGAGCAGCGGGAAGAACAGAAAUCUUGCAUUGGCAACAGGAAAUCUAAAUCCAGUGACUCUGAAAGAAAACAAAAAUCUCUUUCUGGCAACUGCCAGCAACAGGACGUAAAGGAAACUUGUCCUUGCCAGAAAUCUCCAUCCAAUAACGACAAAAGAAAAGAACAAACUCGUUGUGGUCAAGAGGAAUCUUGUUCCGUUAAAAAAUCAAACACCAAAGACACUAAGAAGAAACGAAAGCAGCAGGGCCUACAGGAAACUGGUACUUGCCAGAAAUCUCCAAUCUGUGAUGAAGAAGAAACUUGUUCAUGCAACAAAUCCGAAGAUGAUGAGAGAAAUUCUGAGACUGAAAAUAUGAAACAAGAUUCUUGUUCCUGCAAAGCCACAAAAUCCAAUAGGAAAAAACAAAAAUCUGUCCAGGACCAGCAAGAUGUACAAGAAGCUUGUUCUUGCCAGAAAAAAAGACAAUUCUCUAAAGGAAAGCAAAAAUCUCCUACUAAAAAUUGUCAAGCUAAUAGCAAUGCUGACUCUAGCAAUGGCUGUGCUUGCCAAAAUUCUGACACGGAAACCUGCUCUAAAGACACAAACGAAAAUAAGAAUUCUUGCACUUGUAACUCCUCUAAAUCCUGUGAAAAAGACAAAAGCAAAUCUUCUAAACAAAGUUGCAAAAAGGCGUCUGCUAAUGCUUGUGACAGAAAACCAAAAUCGAGCUCUAUUCAAAAUCCGACUAAAGCCCAGCCUGAUACCUGCACUUGCCAAAAAACCAACAAUCAGCCAUCCACUCGUUACACAACCAAAUCCUAUGCUUAUGAUGCUCUUCAGACGGCUAGAGUUUCGCGUAAUAAAAGACAAUCUUUGGAAAGUGAAAAAACUAUUUAUUUGUUUAGCAGAAUCCAGCGUUCCCAAAGGACUAUAGAAAGUGAGAAGCUUACAAAGCCAACACAAAACAAAGCAAACGAUCCCAGUGAUUUUAAGAUGUCAAGCAAAUGGGCGGACUAUAGAUACAAAUACAAUACACAACAAGUCUCUGGCAGUAAACCACAAUGGUUAGAUAGUGAAAGUUCUUCCAAAGCUACUAAAAGUAGAAGGGAAUCGCCCAGAUCUAACAGAACUGAGAGUCUACCUUGGGCAAGAGAUAACGAUAGUAGGUCUAAAGCUUCCACAAGUAAAGCACAAUCAUGCCGCUGCAGCACUUCCAAUAACCAAGAUGAUGAUAAUUCAAGAUCUUCUAUAGAAUCUAGAGGAUCUUGUGAAAGCUGUGUUAAAGAUACAAGACAACACAAUUCAAAAUGUAGUUGCAAUACUUCCAAUUGUAAAAAAUCUAUUACAACCGACCGGGAUUCUAAAGCUAGACAAGGCAAAGUCUCGGGAAAUAGAGCUCAAGCUGGCCACUGCAGCAAUUCCAAUAACCAAGACAAUGAUUAUCGAAGAUCUGCUAAAGACUCUCGUAAUAAAAGGACCCCUAUAGAGUCCAGAGGAUCUUGUGAGCCUAGAGGAACUAAAAGUAGAAGAGGAGGUAGGGCACAAACUUGCAGCAGCUCAAAAUCUUAUGAUAAUGAUACUCCCAGAUCCUCUAUAGACUCUCAAGUUUCCAGACUCUCACACAGACCUAGCAGAAGUUCCUCUUCCAAAUCUUCUAGAGACUCUCAGUGCAACUGUAAUCCCUACGAUUCCCCUAGUUCCAGCAGAUGUAACAGUCAAGAUGAUAUACCAGCCAAAAAGCUUUACAGAUCUAAGGGAGGUUCCUCUACUAACUUUGACUCGAACGAAACUCCUAAACCUACAAAAGCCAAAACCAAACCGCGAAAGUUAUCUAUGUGUUGUAUAUCGCCCGAAAGAGGUUCCUCUGACAGCGAUACCAGCCUUAAACAUGACGAAAACAGCAAUGAAGCUAAAGAAGCCCAAACAAUUACUUCAAAGCCAAAGAAAAUCCAAAAAUUAAGCUUUAAGGAUUCCCUAUGUUGUAUGAGCCAAAGAAAAGUAGCCAAAUCCAACAAAGAUAAAGCUACUCAAGAAGAAAUAGUUGCCAUUGAAGAAACACCAAACGAGGAAAUAGUUCUAAAAAAGCAUAAAUGCAAACUACCUGCCAGACCUCCUACGGCAGCCAAAUAUACAGUGCCCCUUAAUCUAUCCAAACAUCAUGAAAUGUGCUACAAAGAUUCUCACUAUUGGUCGGGCGUUACAGCCAAUUAUCCCAAGAAUUAUCAGGAUGCAGCUAGAAGACAACAAAUUGAAAGAAAUCGUUUAGCUAUACAACGCAAAAAAUUAUGGGGAAAGACUUGUCCCAAAGCGAAACCCUCUAAGGAAUUCUAUCAAGAUAAACACACGAAGAGAGUGGGAGAAAAUUGUGUCUCUGAUAGUUCUUUGCAUGUUGAAAGUGAUGGAGGAAAAGAAAGUCGUGAUGAAAAUCAUCAAUUGAGUAAGAAGGAGGAGCAUGAAGAAGAGCUUAAUAAGGGAGUAAGUGAUGAAAGUCCAGAUCCUAACAAAAGUUCUUCGAAGAGAGUUCAAGAUGCAAGUGCAGCUCAUAGAAAGUGUGAUUGUGAAAGUCCUUCGUAUGCUGAAAGUGUUCGGGGAAGAGAGAGGAAAAAGGAGGCCACAGAUGAUGCCAAAAAGAAGAGAGAGCCUGAUCCAAGUCCUUCGCAUUCAGCUAGUGAUACAGGAAAAGCAAGUAGAAAUAAAUAUAACAAAAAUUACCACGAAGAACAUCCGAAUAUGAAGAGAGUCCGUGACACAUGUCCAGUUCAUAAAAAAUGUAAUUGCGAAAGUUCUUCGCAUGCGGAAAACAGAAGAGGAAAACAUAAAAGGGAAGACAAAGAAGUUGAGAAUAACAAGAAAUUACGUCACCCAAGUCCAGUUCAUAGCAACUGUGGUUGUGAAAGUUCUUUGCAUGUGGAAGCAACUGAAGCAAGAGAUGCUAGUAAAAGCAGGAAAAAAUUUAGUAAGAAGCUGGACAAAGCAGAUGAUAUAAAGAAAAAGAAGAACUAAAUUCAAGAGAUUAUAGGAAGAGAAGAAUAAGGAAAUGUUUAGGAAAGUUUCUUCGUUCGUUUAAUUUCUAUUUUAGGUCAUCAAAUUCUGGUAGAUCACUAUUAGGGUACUGCUACACGUUCAAUAUAUAU